AGGGUUACAGUCUUCUCUAAGAAAUUCGAUUCCUCUUCUUCGUCGUCGUCGAGCAGAGUAGUCAGCUAUCUACCGCCAUGGAUCCUAGCCUCGCUAAUAACCCUCAACUAAUUCAAUUCCUCACUCAAGAACAAGAAAGGGCAAGGGCGAACGAAGUGGUGGCGAAGAUAACAAGCUCGUGCUGGGACAAGUGCGUGGAAAAACCAGGGAGCAAAUUCAGCUCGAGCGAGACUUCUUGCCUUAGUAACUGCGCCCUACGCUACAUGGAUUUGACUAUGCUCAUCAUGAAACGCUUUCAGCAGUAGUGAUCCUUGAUUAUCAUGGACCAUUAUGUUGCUUCUUCCCUUUAAUUAUUAUUAUUGUGAAAACUUUUUUUUUUGGCUCUGCUCAUGUUGGCAACUGGUGUUGAACCCUCCUGCAAUAAAAAUCUUUCGGAUUUGAAUUUUUUGUAGUAUUCUGUUUUAUGAUAAUGUGAUUGAGGUUUUUAUUUGACGUGCUAGUGAAUAAGAAGUGUAGUACAACUUUAUUGACACACUGAGAUUAUGGUGAAAUGGGC